AUGUCAUUGAGGAACGUCUUUACGUUAAGUGGCCACUUGGCUGACCUCCACCUCGAAUGGGGAAAAGGCCAUUUGGGCUCCCUGCUUGGCCUUGUUGCCUCUUUGUUCAUUGCAUUCAAUGUCGCCAAAGCCACCUAUCGUAUUUGGUUUCAUCCGUUGUCCAAAUUUCCGGGUCCCGUACUCUAUUCUGUUUUCUAUCUCCCAUAUCUCUAUCAGAGCUACAUCAAAGGGUCGUGGAUCUUUCGUGCCAGAAAAUUACACCAGAAGUAUGGCCCUGUUGUUCGAGUCGGCCCCAACCAUUUGAUGGUUGAUGGCGAAGUUGGAUGGCCACAGAUAUUCGGGCCCCGGAAAGCAGAUCAAUCCGAAUAUGAAAAGCAGCGUCCUGUCCAGGAAGCCAAAGCCUACAGCAUUAUUUUGGCCACCAGGGACAUUCACCGGCGACAACGCAGGCAGUUGAACCACGCCUUUAGCGACUUCUCUCUUACGCAGCAAGAGGAUGUUAUCCAGGAAUACAUCACCUUACUCCUUAGUCGCCUCGAGGAGGGAGCCGACAGAUCGGAAGCCGCCGUCGAUGUGGUCAAGUGGUUAAAUUGUAUCACUUUUGAUAUUAUCGGCCAACUUGCUUUCUCCGAGUCCUUUUUCAGCCUAGAGAACAACGCUGUACACCCUUGGAUCAAAACCAUCUUCGACGGCAUCCAAACUAUGUUAUUCCGGCGAUUCUUUGCUGAAUUUCCCAUGUUGAGACUGAUUUUGUCAAUGUUUAGUACCAAAGUUGGCACAAAGCGGCAUCCUGCAAGGGCCCAUGCGAGGGACAAGGCGUUCCGGAGAAUGGUGCUUGGUGAAGAGUCUCCCAGUGGCCGCAAAGAUUUCAUGUCCUAUAUGCUACGUAGAAAUAGGGACGGUGAGAUUGGUAUGACGGAAGACGAAAUCCUUGAGACGUCGCCAACUCUAGUUCUCGCAGGUAGUGAGACAACAGCGUCUGCACUUUCUGGCUUCUGGUUCUAUCUAUAUAAACACCCCCGGGUAUAUGCCCAGCUGACUCAAGAAAUCCGAGAGGUAUUUGACUCAGAAGACAAAAUUACGAUGCAGAAGGCUUCAAAUAUUGAGUAUCUGCAAGCAUGUGUUAACGAAAUUCUUCGCAUUUACCCGCCUGCGGCAGAGAUACCUGCCCGCGUUUCACCAGGUGACUUUAUUGAAGGAGCCUAUAUUCCCCCGGGUACACUGGUUUCCGUCGUUCUAUGGGCAACGUUCCGCAACCCUAAACACUUUAGAGAUCCCGACUUGUUCAUCCCCGAACGAUGGCUGUCUCCUUCUCAUCCCCUCUACGACGACCGUUUCAAGGACGACAACCACGCGAUUUUUAAACCGUUUAGUUACGGAUCGAGGGACUGCAUCGGCAAAAAUCUCGCGUUGAACGAAUUGCGAGUCAUCAUCAGCCGCAUGCUGUAUCGCUUUGACUACAAGGUGCUCGAUGGCCAGGACGAUUGGCAUUCAAAACAGAGGAAUUUUAUGAUUUGGGAUAAAGGUCCGCUGAUUGUACAAUUCAGUACGCGAGAGGAAGCUGGUUAG